CGGUCACAAGCGGCAAAGAUAAAAAAGCAAACAGAUUUGAAGGAAACGGCUCAAAGAGAGUUUUGAUUAAGACUCUCGCAUCUCUCUCUCUCUCUCUCUGUUUCAGACCCACUUGUGUUGUCUUCCUCUCUAUCACAGACCAAACCUAAAACAUCAUUAAAUGUGAGACAGAGAGGCAAACACAAAAACAGAGUUUUCAAACCCCCUAAAACCAUCCAACUUCUGCGUUUUUAAUCUCUUUCCCUCCUUUCUCCUUACUGUCUGAAAGUUUAGAGCUUUGUAACGAGGCGAAAGCGAGUUCUUAUUUCUCUGUUUUGAUUCUCUACUGAUUCUUCUCCGACACAGAAUCUUCUUGUUCUGUUUUUUUUUAUGCAUACCGUUCACAUGUCAAGUCUCUGAGAUUUGUCUUUUUCUAUCUUUCUGGGAAUAUAUAUAUUUUUUUUAUCUCUCAGAUCCAUUGACUUGAUCCACAAGUUUAGAUCUUUUUCAAGAUUUAAUACUUGUCCGGUCGUGUAAAAUAAUGGGUUCCACGAUCUUCGAAGCAAAAGCCAUGAGAAUCUUCUUCACCGUCUUCUUAACAUGUCUAGCUCUCUUCCCGGAUCCUCUACACGCCGGUGUAGCUAACACCGGGAGCAUCACCCCAGGGUUUAGUGGAUCUCAGAUGAACUACAUCAACAACAACGGCAUCUUCCUCGAAUCCAACAACUCAAACUUUGGUUUCGGUUUCGUAACCACGCAAGAUUCCGUCACUCUCUUCACACUCAGCAUCGUCCACCAAGCCAGCUCGAGAGUCAUCUGGUCAGCGAACAGAGCUUCCCCUGUUUCGAACUCCGACAAGCUCCAAUUCGAAGCCAACGGAAACGUAGUGCUCCGUAGAGAACAAGGAGGAGGAGAAGGACCCGAGGUUUGGAGAUUGGACAGUUCUGGCAAAAACGUCUCGAGAAUCGAGCUUCGCGACUCCGGGAACCUCGUCGUUGUUUCAGGUGAUGACGGAGCUUCGAUCUGGGAGAGCUUUGAUCAUCCAACAGAUACUCUGAUAACGAAUCAAGCCUUUAAACAAGGCAUGAAGCUCACUAGCAACCCUUCUCCUUCGAGCAACGUGAGUUAUACUCUUGAGAUCAAAUCAGGAGAUAUGGUUUUAUCUGUGAACACCUCGUUGACUCCUCAAGUGUAUUGGUCCAUGGGGAAUGAAAGAGGAAAGAUCGUCAACAAAGACGGUGUAGUGACGUCAUCGUCUCUGCUCGGGAACUCGUGGAGGUUCUUUGAUGAGAACCGGUCUUUGUUAUGGCAGUUUGUGUAUUCGGAUGAUAAAGAUGGUAACGCUACUUGGAUCGCGGUUUUGGGAAACAACGGUGUGAUCACUUUUUCGAAUCUCGGCGCUGGUGCGUCUGGAGCUGAUGCUUCCACUAAAAUCCCAAACGAUCAGUGCGCAACACCCGAGCCUUGCGGGCCUUACUACGUCUGUUCUGGUGGUAAAGUGUGUGGAUGUGUGUCCGGGUUGUCAAAAGCUCGGUCUGAUUGCAAAUCCGGGAUCGUGUCUCCUUGUAAGAAGAAUGAAAACAAUGCAACAUUGUCUGUGCAGCUUGUGAAUGCUGGAGAUAAAGUUGACUACUUCGCUCUAGGUUUUGCUACACCCUUCUCCAAGAGAACUAGUCUUGAUAGGUGUAAAGAGUUUUGCAACAAGAACUGCUCGUGCCUCGGUCUUUUCUUCCAGAACAGUUCUGGUGACUGCUUCUUGUUUGAUUGGAUUGGUAGCUUUAGAAACUCUGGAAAUGGAGGAUCUGGCUUCGUCUCUUACAUCAAGGUGGCUACUAAUGAUUUGGGAGGUGGAGAUGAUGGGAAACACUUUCCUUAUAUAGUAAUUAUUAUCUUGGUGACGGUUUUCAUCAUCUGUGUGUUGAUCUUUGCGGCUUUCCGGAUUCAUAGGAGAAAGAAAAUUCUUUUUGAUGAGUUAGAACAGAGUUCAGAGGAGGAUAACUUCUUGGAGAAUCUUUCAGGAAUGCCUAUCCGGUUCGCUUAUAAAGAUCUUCAGUUAGCGACGAAUAACUUCUCCGUCAAGUUAGGUCAAGGAGGGUUUGGUUCGGUCUAUGAAGGGACUUUACCUGAUGGUUCUCGUUUAGCUGUUAAGAAGCUUGAAGGAAUAGGUCAAGGAAAGAAAGAGUUCAGAGCCGAGGUUAGUAUCAUCGGAAGCAUUCACCAUCUACAUUUGGUGCGGCUCAGAGGUUUUUGCGUGGAAGGCACGCAUAGACUUCUCGCCUAUGAGUUCUUAGCUAAAGGCUCGUUAGAGAGAUGGAUAUUCAGGAAAAAAGAUGGAGAUGUUCUGUUGGAUUGGGACACAAGGUUCAAUAUAGCGUUAGGAACAGCGAAAGGUUUAGCUUAUCUACAUGAAGAUUGCGACGCAAGAAUCAUCCAUUGUGAUAUUAAACCUGAGAACAUCUUGUUGGAUGAUAACUUCAACGCCAAGGUAUCUGAUUUCGGACUAGCUAAGCUCAUGACACGCGAGCAAAGCCAUGUCUUCACGACCAUGCGUGGGACAAGAGGCUAUCUAGCUCCAGAGUGGAUCACAAGCUACGCGAUCUCGGAGAAGAGCGAUGUUUAUAGCUACGGGAUGGUGUUGCUAGAGCUGAUAGGAGGAAGAAAGAACUAUGAUCCAUCAGAGUCGUCUGAGAAGUGUCAUUUUCCUUCUUAUGCUUUCAAGAUGAUGGAAGAAGGGAAUCUUUUGGAGAUUGUUGAUGGGGAGAUGAAGAACGUUGAUUUGAACGAUGAGAGAGUUCAAAGGGCGAUGAGAACUGCGCUUUGGUGUAUACAAGAGGAUAUGCAUUUGAGACCGUCGAUGAGUAAAGUUGUUCAAAUGCUUGAAGGUGUUUUCCCGGUGGUGCAGCCUCCGUCUUCUUCAAAUUUGGGCUCGAGGCUCUACUCGAGUUCGAUCAGCGAGGAAAGCGGUGGUGGUAAGUCGUCUGGACCGACGGAUUUUUACAGUGAGAAUGAUCUAUCUGCGGUGAGACUUUCCGGUCCGAGAUAGCAGAUCUUGUGUUGUAUAGACUAUUGUGUUGUGUUUAAAAUAAGAGAAUAGUAGUGUCUCCA